AUGUCUGACAAUUUCGAGGAUGAUGAGGCACCACCGGACCUUGUCGACGUCAUGGCGGUGCCAGCAGACGAGCCUGCCUCUAUAGAGGAAGAGCAGACUAGUCGGGUUCCUAUUACGAUUGUCACGGGAUACCUGGGAGCAGGUAAAACCACCCUGUUGAAGUACAUCCUUACGGAGAAACAUGGUAAAAAGAUAGCCGUGAUCAUGAAUGAAUUUGGUGAUUCUUCGGACAUUGAAAAACCCUUGACCGUCAACGAGGGUGGUCAAGAAGUUACAGAGUGGAUGGAAGUCGGCAAUGGCUGUAUCUGCUGCUCAGUGAAAGACUCCGGUGUCAUGGCCCUUGAAUCCCUCAUGGAACGCCGUGGCACAUUCGACUACAUUCUUCUAGAAACAACAGGCCUCGCCGAUCCAGGUAACAUCGCACCCGUCUUCUGGAUGGAUGAAGGUCUCGGUAGUUCAAUCUACCUCGACGGCAUCGUGACGCUCGUCGACGCGAAGAACAUUCUCAAACUCCUCGACGAGCCAACUCCGGAAGAAAAAGCCGACUCUCAUAAAGAGAACGUCAAUGACCGGGGCCAGAAACCCAAGCACGAGCAUACAGGGCCAGUACUUUCGAUGGCACAUAUGCAGAUCUCUCAUGCGGAUGUGAUCAUCCUGAACAAGACGGACCUGGUGACCGAGGCCGAACUCGAUGCAGUGAAAGACCGCAUUAUGGCAAUUAACAGUGCCGCUAAGAUCCAUGUCACUGACCAUAGUCGCACGCCCCAGAUUGAGGGUGUGGUACUUGAUUUGCAUGCAUAUGAUCAUCUUGCGGAUUUGGAGUUCCGGAAGAAGGGCCAUAGUCACAUGGAUCCUGCAAUUUCGACCGUUGCGGUCACCACACCGCCUCUUCCUGCUAAGAGCGUGGAGAAGGUUGAUGAGUGGUUGCGGGAAGUUCUUUGGGAGUCGAAUUUGCCAGUGUCUGAUGCGGGAUCCAAGCCGUGGCCGACAGAUUUUGAGAUUCAUCGAUUGAAGGGGAUUCUGGUGUUGGAGGAUGGGUCAAGUAAGAUUAUCCAGGCCGUGAGGGAUGUUUUCGAGAUUCGGGAUUCAGAGCAACGCCAGGAUGAAGAUGCGGAAAAGAAGCUUCAGUGCAAAAUUGUGCUGAUUGGGAGAGGGCUGACAACAAGUGGUGAUCCUUGGAAAGAAAGCUUUGAAGCAUUUGUACGGAGUUAA